AUGUGUGCCGGCUCAACCCCUGCCCGGUCCCGACUCCCUCGUGAGUGGCCGAGGGUCGCCCUUCACCUGACAAAAAUGCUGAGCUUCUUCCGUAGAACACUUGGGCGUCGGUCAAUGCGUAAACAUGCCGAGAAGGAACGACUCCGAGAAGCUCAACGAGCUUCCACGCACAUUCCUGCAGCUGGAGACUCUAAGUCCAUCAUCACAUGUCGGGUGUCUCUUCUGGAUGGUACUGAUGUUAGUGUGGACUUGCCGAAAAAAGCCAAAGGACAAGAGCUCUUUGAUCAGAUAAUGUACCACUUGGACCUUAUUGAAAGUGACUAUUUUGGACUGAGAUUUAUGGAUUCUGCACAAGUAGCAGUGAUUGGUUCACCCUAUUGUCUGCAUCUUCGAGUUAAGUUUUAUUCCUCAGAACCAAAUAAUCUUCGUGAAGAGCUAACCCGGUAUUUAUUUGUUCUUCAGUUAAAACAAGAUAUUCUCAGUGGAAAAUUAGAGUGUCCCUUUGAUACAGCAGUUCAGCUGGCAGCUUAUAAUCUGCAAGCUGAACUUGGUGACUAUGAUCUUGCUGAGCAUAGUCCUGAACUUGUGUCUGAGUUCAGGUUCGUGCCCAUUCAGACUGAAGAGAUGGAGCUGGCUAUUUUUGAGAAGUGGAAGGAAUACAGAGGUCAGACACCAGCACAAGCUGAAACCAAUUAUCUGAAUAAAGCCAAAUGGUUAGAAAUGUAUGGGGUUGAUAUGCAUGUGGUCAAGGCUAGAGAUGGAAAUGACUAUAGCUUGGGACUGACCCCAACAGGAGUCCUUGUUUUUGAAGGAGAGACCAAAAUUGGCCUAUUUUUUUGGCCCAAGAUAACCAGGUUGGAUUUUAAGAAGAAUAAAUUAACCCUGGUGGUUGUAGAAGAUGAUGAUCAGUCGAAUAAAUCCCGAUCGAUGAGAACUCUUUUGGACUGGGCCUCGGAGGCGAAAGAAGCAAGUACAGCAAAACCUGAAGAAUUCAGUGUUCACAAUAAUGUUUCCGCUCAGAGUAAUGGCUCCCAACAGGCUUGGGCUGUGAAAUCUACUCUACCUGUGGUUCCUUCUGUUCCCUCUGGUCCUGUGCUGGCAGAGAUAGAGAAUCUUCCAAGGAAUCCUGGAACAGACCAGCAUGACAGGAAAUGCUUGCCUCUGAAUAUUGAUUUGCUAGAUAGUCCAGACUUAAUGGAAACAACCAUUGAUGAUCUAAUUGGGGCACCUGACACUCUGGAAACACCCCAAGUGCCAGAUGAAGUUAACACAGUCACCGGGCAAACUGGAUUAGAGGAACCUAAAGAGGAGUGCGAGACAUUAAAAGAUGCCUCAGAGAAGCUCAGACACCUUGAGUUGGAAAGCAGUCUAUUGCCGUCCUCCCGUCCCAGCGUUGAUGUCAACAUCAACAACCAGGAGGAGGUGGUGAAGUUGACUGAGAAAUGUCUUAAUAAUGCCAUUGAGAGCCCAGGAUUGAAUGCCAGGAGAGUUCCUCCUGACUUGAAGAGUAACAUUUUGAAGGCUCAAGUAGAAGCAGUGCAUAAGGUUACAAGAGAAGAUAGCUUAUUAAGUCAUAAAAACGCACAUGCUCAGGAUGCUGCCACAAACAGUGCUGUAUUAAAUGAGAAUAAUGUGCCCCUUCCUGAAGAUUCUCUUGCUCUGAUGCAUACCACACCUGCAGCAAAUGGUUCUGUUCUUAAGGAUGCUACAGAUGAAUUGGAUGCCUUGCUUUUAUCUCUGACUGAGAAUCUAAUUGACCACACAAUCACACCUCAGGUAUCUUCAACAUCCAUGAUCACACCACGGUGGAUUGUGCCGCAGAGCCGUGUUCUUUCUGAUGGACUGGCAGGAAGCGUGCCGUCCUUGGCGGGGAAGGAGGGACAUGGUAAUAGAGAAGCAGCCUCGCUGAUUUCUGCCCCGGCACCAUUCUUGGUGGAUGCUGUGACCAGCUCUGUUCCAACGUUGGCCGAAGAAGCCAUCUUGAAACAGAAGUGUUUACUGACUACUGAGCUCUGA